UGUUGAUGAGUUUUGAUAAUUAAUUAAAUUGUUUCUCUCUUUCUCUUUCUCUUUCUCUUUCUCUCUAAUUCUGUUUUUUUCUUAAUUGUCAUGGUUAAUGGUCCUUCCUAAUUUCCAAUUAAUUAAUUAUGUAAACCUUUGCCAAUACUAUUAGAGAAUAUUAACCAACAUUUUUAGAUAAAAUCUCAAAGUCUUGUAAGAGAAGAAGAAGAAAAAAAAUAUUGAAAAUAAGAAGAGACAACACAUCAUCAUCAUUGGUUUGAUUGUUUUUCUUUUGUUCUAUCGUAAAGAAAAAAAGGUUUCAUCAGUUGGUCUCAGGUCUUAGAGUUUGAAUUUCGGCAGUUGGGUCUUGUUUUCCUGGACACACUUUUUGUAUCAUCUCUUUAUCUUUGGGCUUCAUCUCAUUAUCUUCAUCAUCACCAGCAUUUUCUCUAACAAUUCUACUUUUUGUUUGGUCUUUCUUUCCCUUGCCUCUUGCUUUCUCUUUCUACAUCUACAUCCUCUUUCUUUUACUUUUCCUGUGUCUUGUUUCUCUCUAUCUCUCUCUCUCUCUCUUUAAAUUACAAAUAGUGAAGAAAUUUAAUACGGAAUUAAUCUGAUUUUCCUAUCUGUUCCAUUUCUAUCUCUAUCUCUAUUUCUCUAUUUCUCUCUAUAUCUUUCUCGAUAUUCAAUUUUUAUUCGAUAAACAUAUUUGAUUGUCACUCGUAUCUAACUUAACCUUUGUCCGUCAAUGAAACUCACUCUUGACAAAUAUCCUUUAGUCUCUGUUAUUUUCUGAUACCCAAAACAAUCUCUCACUCUCAAUUGCUCAUUCUCCUUAUCAUCAUCAUCACAUCAUCACCAUCUUUUUAAAGAAACAACAUCACCAUUUAUGCUUUAGCCCUUAACUUGUUUUCAUCUUUUUUUAGCUGUGAUAAUUUUUCUCAGAGAUGUUUUUCUAACUAUGCUACUAUUUGUCCCUCUAGUUGAACGAGUUAAGGAAAAGUCCAUCAUCACCAUCAUCACCAAAUCAUUUAUUUCUUAAUUUCCAUCACCAUAUACAAAGAUAUAUUCAUAAAUUUACACUAUGGAAGGAUCUAAGGAAGGAGAUAAGAUGACUUUGGAUCAAACCUUCCAACCACCAGUAGAUGAAUGGCUGGUUAAAUUUAAUCAAGGAAUCUUAACUGAAACUGAUAUACGUACAUAUUGGGCUCGCACUGUACCCAGUAUAUACAGUCCUUCUCGAGACUGUAAUUGCUUAAAUAUUCAAUUUGAUGAAGAAAAUGCUAAGUCUACCCUUUUAUUACCUUUGGAACAAUUUUUGACCUUAAGUGAUAAACCCAAAGAGGUUUGUGAAAGCCUAAAGAAAACCGAUGCCGAUCCUAUGCUUUGUGGUAAAAUGUUCAAAUCAGGUGAACCUGUUUACUCUUGUCGUGAUUGUGGUCUUGAUGCUUCCUGUGUCCUCUGUGUCGACUGUUUUAAACGAAGUUCCCAUCGUAGCCACAAAUAUAAAAUGUGUAUGAGCUCCGGUGGUGGAUAUUGUGAUUGUGGUGACGCUGAAGCCUGGAGAGCACAUGUUUUCUGUGAUUUACAUCUUAAAGGAAGUCAAAAGGCUGAUCCAAAUGAAGAUCCAAGGACACGAUUAGCCUCCGAUCUUGUCAACAGAACUGAGAUAAUUAUGAAAACUGUGGUCCAUUACUGUUUUGAAAUACUAGAAUGGAACAAUCCUUUAGCCUUACCUGAAAGUUUAAAUAUUAAUUCAAGUUUAAUUGAUCCCGAAUCAGCAGAUUAUGUUACUAUGCUCUUUAAUGAUGAAAUUCAUACAUACGAUCAAGUUAUCCAAACACUGGGCCGUGCAAUUGAAUGUACAACAAAGGAAGCUAUAGAUUUUGCCACAACGGUUGAUCAUGAAGGUCGGACUAUUGUCCGAUGCUCAUCUUUUCAACCUUGUUCUCAAGUUAAACAAUUGAUAGAAAAAUUUACCGGUCGAAGUGGAAGUAAACCUUUAAGAUGUGAUGUUAUGUUAACUAGUGUUAUUGCUCAUCAAACCUUUGCCAUGAGGCUUCUUACUUGGCUUCAAAAUAUUUUACAAUAUUGUGAAGGAUUUAGAUCAAUAUUUGGAUCUAUUAUGAUGAAAAUCUAUCCAGUUGAUGAUACAAAUCGAACAAUUCUCUUGGAGUCCAUUAUGAAAGCUGAUGUUCGUCUAUGGAAAACUGCUAGAAAUCAAUGGCAUCAACUGUUUAUCAUUGGACUUUUAAUGAACUCAGAGACCAAAAAACAAUUUGCUAAAACUUUCACCCGAAUCUAUUCAACCUUGAUGAAAGAUUUUAUCAAUGAUGAUCAUGAACAUGGUGUAUCAAUUGCAAGUCUUGCUGUUCAAAUUUUCACGGUGCCAACUCUAGCUUACAAUCUGAUUGCUGAAGAUGAUGCAUUUAACAUCCUAAUAUCAACAUUUCUCAAUGAAUGUAUUAAACAUCGUAAUAACGAGGGUAAACUUGCCUUUGAACGUAACAAUGCAACCAUUCAAUCAUUUAAACGAGUUCAGUUCAUACUAUGUGAUCUUAAAUAUUUACUUUACAUAAAACCUAAAGUUUGGACUGAUGAAUUACGGAAAAGUUUCCUCCAUGGUUUCCAUAAGCUGAUUGAACUUCUUGGUUGGAUGCAAGGAAUGGAUUCCGUUAUUAGACAGAUUGGUGCACAUGUUGAAUUUGAAGCUGAAUGGGAAACAGGAAUCAAUUUACAACUUAAAUUGGCUCCCAUUUUAUCAUUAAUCAUUGAUUGGUGUGGUUCCGAUUCAAAUGUACUGGUCAAAGCUCUUCGUAUCUCUGUGCAAGAUUUAUCAGAUCGUAUGAGCUUCAUAACUUACGAUGAAUGGUCUCUGUGUUCACAUCGUGUUAAGUGUAUACAAUAUGAUGUGUCAACCUCUCCGGUUACCAUACAUAUUCCCUUGUCACGACUAGUCGCCGGUUUAUUGCUUCAUGUGACCACCAAAGAUCUAAAUCCCAAAGAAAUUAUUCGACCCUCUGCUCGUGUUCUCAUGGAGCUUCCACUUCGAACAUUGGUUUUAAUCGCUCAAUUUAGAGCCGGAAUGUGGAGACGAAAUGGUUACUCAUUAGUUAAUCAAGUUUAUUUCUAUCACAAUACUCGUUUAAGAGAUGAAAUGUAUGAUCGUGAUAUUAUGAUGUUACAAUUUGCUGCUGCUUCAAUGGAUCCAAAUGAAUUUUUAAUCUUAGUUCUCAACAAAUUUGGCCUAAUUUUCUGGGCUCAAGACUCAUUUGAGAGUAAAAGUCGUAAACCAGAGGAAGAUUUUAUGAGGCAAACAGUUACCAUGGUAGAAGAAUUUCUCAAUCUUCUAUUGAUCAUUGUCAGUGAAAGAUAUACUCCUGGAAUUGGUAAUGUGACCUUUCAAGAGCGUAUGAGACGUGAGAUUAUCCAUUGGUUGUGCAUGGAACCAAUGACCCAUAGUGACCUGUUAAAGUGUUUACCUCGUGAGCUUUGUGAUGAGGUUGAAAUUGAAAAGUUAAUCUUGGAUGUUGCCAAUUUCAAGCGACCCUCACCCAAUCAAGCUGGUGGAAAAUAUGAACUGAAAGAGGAAUUUUAUGCCAACUUUAAUCCUUUCUUUUACCAUUAUUCACGUCAAGAACAAUCUACCGCUGAAGAGGUACAAUUAAAACGUAAACGCACCAACCGUGAGAAGUUAAUCUGCUGUCCUCCACCAGUACCUCCCGAAUUUGCACCUUAUUAUACUCCAAUAUUGAAAAUUCUUACCAGUGAUAUAUUUCUAUAUAUAAUUAAUUCGGUUCUGCUUCGAGCGACAAUAACAUACUCACUCUCAUUUUCUGAGACACAAUUUGAGAAAAUUUUACAUCUAGUUGGAGUUGCUCUUCACGAGGAAAGUAAAUCAUUACAAGAACAACAGUCAACAUCUUCCGGUGAAAGAGAGGCCCAGGUCAGAUUUACCGAACUUGCUGUUUCCAAAUGUUUACUAUCUCUAUUUGAGGCAUGUCUUGAUGUUCCCCGUAUCGGAUCACAUAGAGAUUUACUUUUGUGGACAUUGAAAAAGUUUUCCGAUGUUGCCAAAUUAAGAGGAACCGAAUUACCAUCAACCAUGAUUUCCGCUGUCUCCGAGAUGGAAGAUGAAAAACCUUUAUCUAAAGAAACAUCUAAAGCGAAAAUUGCAGCCCAACGUCGAGCUCGAAUCAUGGCUCAGAUGCAAGAUAUGCAGAAAAAUUUCAUCAAAGGUCAUGCAGAAUAUUUUAAAGAUAAAGAUUCAUCUUGUACUUCGGGUGGAUCUUUAAUGGAUUUAACCAAUACCGAAGAUGAAUCUAGAGAAGAACAACCAAAACAACCUUGUGCUGUUGGAAUUAAUCAGCGAGGUAAAGAGAUUCCCGAAGAAAGUCAUAUAUGCAUUCUUUGUCGAGAAGAACAAGCCAUCGAAUUAUCUGGUCGUUGUAUGGUUUUGGCCGCUUUUGUCCAAGGUUCAACGGUUCUUUCAAAGAAUCGUGAACGUUCAGUACAAGAAGAUAGUUUUCAACUUUUCAUGCCUUCUGAUCUCUAUUUCGGGUGUCAUGUUUCAACCUGUGGACAUGUGAUGCACAGCGAUUGUUGGCAAAAGUUUUUCGAUGCAGUUCUAAGUAAAGAGAGGAGGCGACCUCUUCGCUAUGGACGACAUGUUAGCUUUGACGUUGAUAAAAGUGAAUUUCUGUGUCCUUUAUGUGAAUGCCUGAGUAAUGCUGUGAUACCUUUAAUACCACCUUCAAUCUAUCGUGAUUCUGACUCGGAAUCUUUUAUCCGAGAUGUUAACUUUUCCGAAUGGAUAACCAGUCUACUUGGUACCAUCGAGAAAAUAUCAUUAAUCAAAUUAUCUUCUGGCUCAACGGAAGACUGUUCCAUACCCAUAUCUGGUCUUAUCCCUCGAAUCGGUGAUGGAGGUUACGUUGCAACGAUAACUACAGCUUUUAUAGAAAUCUCCAGAAAACUUUCUGACGAUAUCAAAGCUAUGAUGAGACUUUUAAAUCAAUCAAUUUUUCAUAUUUUUCCUCAUCGUUCCGAUUUUAUCCAAGAAGAUAUGAGCUUACCAACCCAUGCUUAUUGGGCAGCGGCCUUCACAAUCCAUUCAAUUGAACGAGUUUUAAGAGAUGAAAAGAAAUCCAUUUUCGGUGAUCUAUCUUCCAGAAGAUAUAAUUGUCUUCAAGCUCUAGUCAGAUAUGUGGGAGUUAUUACCGUUGAAGAUGAUUAUGGUUUUAUCCGACUUCAUUGUGCUCGUCUUCUUAAAUAUCUUCUCGUCUAUGAAGAUUAUAUUCUCGGUCCAAGUUGUUUAGACGUUGAUGCCUUUGGCCUACUGUUAACCUUAAUCUUAACCAGUCCAUCACUUCAUUUACCUGAAGAUAUUGUUUAUACAACUCCUUCAGUACCAAACGGGAGUGUUUCAGACCAGCAUUUUAUUAAUCUAAUGACCGUCUUCCAUUGUGUACAAAUCAUUCUUUCAAACAAAGAUUUCGUUGAAGAUUAUUGUAGUAGUAGUACUAGUGAUAGUUGCAGUAGCAGUUCUAGUAAUCAAAUGGAUAUUGAUGAUUCCAAAGAUACUGAAAGUGAAAGUGAAAGUCUCUUUAUUCAUGAAUUUUACACCAGCAUAUUGGUCUCAGCGGUAAUAGAUCUGGAGAAAGGGGAAAAGCUUAAGGAAUAUAAUAAAAAUCGAGCUGAUCGACUAAUUAAAAUGCUGAGAGCUCAAUUGCUUCCAUUUUUGAGAUGUACUGCAGUUUUCUUCCACUUUUUAACCGGUGUUGUUCCUCCUGCCAAAUUAAAAGAGGGUGGAGGUCAAUCAUUACCCAGUUCAGAUGUUGAAUUUACUCUACUCUGUGAAUAUCUUGGAUUAUCAUCAAAAUUUUCAAUUCUAAUUGGUUGCCAAUCAUUACGUCAACUUGCUCGUCUCUGGUGUCAACAUCCACGUGUACGAGUUUUAGUUUGCGAGAGACCAGAAAAUUCACUCUUACCGCCCAAUCUUCCGCUUAAACUUAUCAAACAGCCUCAUUCUGUUAAUCAAUUAUUAGAUUUACCCAAAGACUACAGUGAAUUAAUCAACAGUGUCUCCCAGUUUACUUGUCCCAAUUCAGAGAGUGACGAAGCUCGUACACCAACUAUGUGCCUUGUCUGUGGCACAAUACUUUGCUCUCAAAGUUAUUGUUGUCAGACUGAGAUCGAUGGUACAAUGGUUGGUGCGUGUACCUUUCACGCUCACGAUUGUGGUGCAGGUAUUGGUAUAUUUCUACGUAUUCGUGAUUGUAAGAUUGUCCUUCUUGCUGGCCGAGCUAAAGGUAAACCUUCAUGUUGUUACAUGUCUCCACCUUAUAUCGAUGAAUAUGGAGAAACUGAUCAAGGUUUAUUCAGAGGGAAUCCAUUGUCAUUAUGUGAAUCAUCAUACAAACAGCUUCAUAGAUUAUGGUUGCGACAUGGAAUUCCGGAAGAAAUCGCUCAUUCCCUGGAAUUACAUAGUAACAUGGCUACAAUCAACUGGACUCUGCUUUAAGACCACCGCCACCUCCACCCACAACACGCGCAUAAACACACAUACACACACACACAACCUCAUAAUUACAUCAUGUUAUCAUAUGAAAGAUAAACAUAAAAAGCAGACAUUGAUAAUGUUAGAAUUGUGAAAAAAACAAAAAACUUCCUUCAACUUUUACCACAAAGAAAGAAAAGAAAGAGAAAAAUGAAUGAGAGGACGAGGGUGGGAGAGAAAGAUUGAGAGAGAUGGUGGAUCACCAUAAAUUCUGAGCCACUUCUCUUUAUCUCGUUAACAUUUUCUCCUAUUUUUUUUAUUCCAACAGAAUUCAAAGCCUUUGUACCCAAGAAAAAAGCUUAUAUUCUGAUGUGAUUUUCAUGGAAUUAAAUUGUUUGAAUGAACCGUGAA